AGUUCUUUUACUUUUAAAGAGAUUGCCAAUCCAAAACAAGAUAAACUUCUAAAAACCACAAGAGAGUCCCUGCAAUGGUGUUCCCUACCAAAGUACCAAGGCCAAAAUCGAGAAUGAUGGAGCGAGAUUCAAGCUUAGGAAUUGGAAGUAAGAAAGUCAUUACUCCAAGAGGGACUCCAAAAACACUAGGAUAUGAUGAAGAAAAAGAUGAUGUUGAUGAUGCAAGUAACAAUAUUGAAACAAGAUAUUAGAUAAGUGGGCAAUUUCAAUGAUAGUUGAAUGGGUUGUAUUUGUUUGCUUUGCGGGGUGCUUGAUUAUUAGUUUAACUGUGCAAAGGUUUGAAAAUGAUUUGAAUUGAGGAUUGGAAUUGUGGAAAUGGCGUAUGUUGGUUUUGGCUAUUUUAUGUUGUUGGCUUUUAGACAGAUGGAUGAUGAAUGUUGUAGUCUUCUUGAUUAGAAGAACGUUUGUGUGCAAUGAAAAGGGUUUUGUGUUUUGCUUUUAGGCUUAGGAAAAUUCUUUGAUUUUUUAUGUGGUUGUGUUUAGUUCUUGUGGCUUGGAUAUUGUUGGUUUAACUUGGGGUUAGAAGAUCAAAGGAAACCACAUAUAUUCUAAUUAGGUUUUAAACCCAUGUGUUAAACAUGCAUCAUUUGCGCAUUGCUCAUGCGUUUCAAGCUCUUUUUGAUAAUUUCAAUGAUGGUUGAGUGAGUUGUAUUUGUUUGCUUGUGCUUGUUUAUUAAUUUAACUAUGCACAAGUUUGAAAAUGAUUUAUUUGGGGAUUGGAAUUAUGGAAAAUGGUGUGUGUUGGUUUUGGCUUUUAACUAGAUGAAUGAUGAAUGUUGUAGUGUUCUUGAUUAGAAGCAAGUUUGUGUGCAAUGAAAGGUUCCAUAUUUUGUUUUUGGGACUCAGGAAAAGUGUUCAAUUUUUCGUGUGGUUGUGUUUGGUUCUUGUGGCUUAGAUAUUGUUGGUUAAACGUGGAAUUAAGAGAUCAGAUGAAACUUCAGAUGUUCUGAAUAACAUUGCCAGGGGUCUUGCUUCUUAUCCUCUUGGGGCAUUUUUAUGGUUGUUGAAAACUCUAUUUGUUAAUACAGUAGCUGUGCUAAU